CAGCAAAUCCGUCGGGUUCGACGAGAACAAAUACCGCAACGAAGUCUCCUUAUCGCCUCCGAGGAUGAGGAGAGAUCGCAAGAACAAACACUAGUAGAAGAAGCGCGCCAGUUGGGUUUAAAAGUUCCAGAAGUUGAGAUUGUGGCAUCGCUGGCCGCGUCGAUUGCUUCGGGCAUGGUCGAUCUUUCCUCUCCGAUUCUGUCCUCGGCGGGCUCUUCAACCGAUCGCAAUUCCGUCUGUGAAGUCACCCCAUCUAACGAGAUACCUCCCCUGGAUCAGAUCGCAUCGUCGUUUUCCGAGUUUAACCUGUCCGACCAUGCCAAGUGCGGCAGUACUCGCUCGAUCGCCUCGCUUUCAACGCGCCCAACCUCUUAUAGUUCGAGCGAGGGGAGACUGGCUCACGGCACCGAUGGGAUCGCAUUGCGAACCCCCGGCCAGCGAAGCUCUUUCUUGAGCGUAGCUUCGAGUGAAAAGAAAGAGAGGCGGAAAUCAACCCUGAAGUCGGCCAUUGACAAGAUUCAUUUCCGGAAACGGCGUUCACCCUCCGCUGUCUUACUUCCCCCGGCUGCGCAGAUCACCGUUGCGAAGGGUGAAGGAGGGGUUGACAAAUACUAUGUGGAAUCCAAAAUCAGUGAACCGCGGGGUCACGAUAGUGCGGAUGAAGAGAGCCCGGUACUGAGGCUGGAGAUCCCGGUGUUUGACAACGAGAGCGUUCGGCGGAGCCUUGAGAAUGCAGACCUCAGGCAGAUGCGCGAGUCCCAAAAGAUGGAAAAGAACCGGCACAUGACCUUUCAGGACGCUUUCAUGCGUGAACUCCGACGCAACCACCAAACUAUUGUUGCCGACCGGCUCGCAGCUAACAAACGGGCAGAAGAAGAGAAGCGCGAAAAGAAUAUCGCCGAUGCGAGCCGCAUGGAGGAACGACAACUCGCGGUGGAAAUGGAUCAAGUUCGCGAAUUUGAGCGAGCGAAGAUGAAUUCCCGUACUCGAAUCAAGUAUAUGGAGGGCUAUUUCAGCAAUGCAAGCCCUCCAUCUUCCCCCGGAUCGCCGUCAGGACCCGAGAUAUCACCGUCUACUCGAAAGUAUACCCCACAACAUAAGGCUCAACUAGCUCAGGAAUACCACGACCAUGAAUCGAUGGACCGACUUCACGAAGCCAAAAUCAAAGUACUAAGAGACCGCCAAGAACUCAAGCUCCAGGAAGUUACAGCCCGCAUGGAGAAAGAAUUGGACGAUUUGAUCGACAAGCACGCGCUGGAGUUUGCCAACCUCCAACGAGACCACCAGCUAGAGGAGGCAUCGGCUCUGCAAGUCUUUGAAGCCAAGAAGACAAGACUACUCCAUCGAUGGAAUCUGGAAGAGGCAAUUCUCCGGAAGAAGCUCGAAAUGCAAUACGAUCAACCCUACGGGCCUCUGGCCCCUUUGUCGUUCGCCGACUGUCGCUAUGAGACGCGCGACUCGGCGAUUUCCGUUUCGGAAGAGAACGCAACCAGUGCAAGCGGUGAUGAGGAACAGGUGCACCGGAAGAGAGGUGAACCGCUACUAUAA